AUGGCUGAUUUCACUGAAUAUGGUGUGCCCAGUGCCGAAUGGCUAGCACUGGAGCCGUCUUUACCUCAAAUGCCUGAUCUCCCGCUGGAGGAGUUGAUAGCAUUUAUUAACAAGGGUCGCGAAGAUAUUGCAGCUCAGGCUAUGAUUGAUCAAGGCUUCAGCUCCAAAGUCCAGAUCCACGAUCACACGGUACCCACUCGCGACGGCGCAAGUCUAGAAGCACGAACCUACCGUCCCACCGGUAUUCCGCUUUCACAACGACUUCCACUCUAUAUCCAUAUCCACGGAGGCGGUUACAUGUUCGGAACCCUGGCCUCGGAAGACGCCAUCUGCUCGCGAAUUGUGACUUCGCAAGAAGAGAAAGGUACACCUGUUGCCGUUCUCAAUAUCAACUACCGCCAUACCCCGGAAUACAAGUACCCCACGGCUUGGGACGACAUUGAAGACGCUUUUGUCUGGGCUCAUGAACAUAUUGCUGAGCUAGGCGCUCUCGCUGACCAGGUUGUUGUGGGUGGAAUCUCAGCUGGCGGACAAUUGACUGCGUCUCUAGCUCUUGCGCAGCUUCGAGGUGACGACAAACGUUUGGCGGCCUGCCCCAAGAUCAGAGGCCAAGUGCUGAUGAUCCCGUGUCUUGUGAAUACGACUUAUUAUGGGGCCCGAAAGGAAUUGCUUAGCAGUCCCGAGGUCUCGAGUCUUGUGCAAUGCGUUGAUGCACCUAUGUUGCCAAUGAGUCGCCUUGUAUUGUUCAUGCAGAUGUUGGGUUUGCCCCUUUCAGACGAUGCAAGUCGUGAUCUCCGGAUGAAUCCUGGAAAUGCCACUGCGGAGGAGGUCAAGGAUCUUCCCCCUACGACCUUUGGAAUUGCUGGCCGAGAUCCCCUGCGAGAUGAGGGGCUCUUUUAUUCUAAGCUGCUCAAUGAUAAUGGAGUUCCUACUGAUAUCACUGUUUUCCGUGGGGUUCCCCAUGGCUACCGGCGACAUGGAAUUGGAUUGGAAAGGGCGAGCAAGAAGUGGGACGAAGUCAUGAGUGGCGGGAUUUCUUGGGCCUUGAGCAAUCCUGCGGUGGGGCCUUGGGAAAUCAAGACUGAUUAA